GUGUGAUGUUUGUCAGACCUGCAGUUUCAACAAAUGAAUUUGAGUGGAACUGUUCUACAGUAUUUCGCUGAAUCAAGCAGUCUCUUGCCAUGGCUCCUCAACGGUAUUCUAACUUUGGGACGGCGCUAAUAUUUCUCUACGUCACUCAAUUAAGCACAGGUAUGAAGUGCAUAUGCCUGGUGUGUACCAAUCAUAUUUGUGAAACUGAGGGGGCCUGUUGGAACUCAGUGAUGCUGCAUAAUGGAAAGGAAGAAGUUUUGAAGUCUUGUGUAUCUCCUCAUCAAAUGAAAGGGCAAAUCUUCUGCUCCAGUUCCAGUAAUAUUUUAAGAAGAGAAUGCUGUUUUACCGAUUUCUGUAACAAUAUAACACUGCACCUACCCAAAGUGAGAAAUGUGUCUAGUACACCAAGCUGGGGACCUUUGAAGCUGGCUGUAGUCAUAGUCAUACCAGCUUGUUUACUGUGUUUGGCUGCUAUUGUGACAAUCUGCACUCUCCGUGGCCAGCAAUGCCCUUAUAAUAAGACUGAAAGACAUGACGUCGAGGAGCCUUUAUCUGAUCACAGCUUAAUGUCAUCUGGAAAGUCUCUAAAAGAUCUGAUAUUUGAUUUGACCACAUCAGGAUCUGGAUCUGGGUUACCUCUGCUUGUUCAGCGGACGAUUGCGAGAUCGAUUGUUCUCCAUGAAACAAUUGGAAAAGGACGGUUUGGGGAGGUUUGGCGAGGGAGGUGGAGUGGAGAGGAUGUGGCUGUCAAAAUCUUCUCCUCUCGUGAUGAAAGGUCUUGGUUCAGAGAGGCUGAAAUUUACCAAACUAUAAUGCUACGACAUGAACAUAUCCUGGGGUUCAUUGCUGCCGAUAACAAAGAUAAUGGAACAUGGACCCAGCUUUGGCUUGUAUCUGAAUACCAUGAGCAUGGCUCAUUGUUUGAUUAUUUAAACUGCCACACUGUGUCUGUGGAUGGAGUAAUAAUAUUGGCGCUUUCCAUUGCUAGUGGUCUUGCGCAUCUUCAUAUGGAGAUAAUUGGUACCCAAGGAAAACCCGCUAUUGCACACAGAGACUUAAAAUCUAAAAAUAUCUUAGUGAAAAAGAGUGGAACUUGUGCUAUUGCUGAUUUAGGCCUUGCUGUCAAACAUGAUUCAGUUACAAACAUGAUUGAUAUACCUUCAAACCACAGAGUAGGAACAAAGAGGUACAUGGCUCCUGAAAUGCUUGACGAUAAAAUCAAUAUAAACAACAUUGAAUCAUUUAAACGUGCCGACAUCUACUCCCUGGGGCUUGUGUUCUGGGAAUUGGUGCGAAGAUGCUCCAUUAGAGGAAUCCAUGAAGAUUAUCAGUUGCCUUACUAUGAUAUGGUGCCUUCUGACCCUUCUAUAGAAGACAUGAGAAAGGUUGUCUGUGAUCAGAAACUGAGACCAAACAUUCCCAACCAGUGGCAGAGCUGUGAAUCACUCCGUGUGAUGGGUAAAAUAAUGCGUGAGUGUUGGUAUGCCAACGGAGCAGCUCGUCUGACAGGACUACGCAUCAAGAAGACCAUCUCUCAGCUUACCGUAACUAAGGAUUCCAAAGUUUAGACAUGCACUUGACUAUGUGUAUUCAACGUUUGUGCUACCUCAUGUAUAUUUAAGUGCCCCAAGCUGAACAUUUUUAAAAACUGCCUUUGCCACAUUACUUGGCAACAUGGCAGUUUGAUUGUAAUGUUACUGAGUAACUCACUAGCAAGCCUGAUGGCACGAGUAGGUUGUUCACAAAAAUCGAAACAGUGUCUAAUGGAGGAAUUAAAAAUCACCAUUUAUACUGAUUAAACAUAUUUUUGUAAGGAUGUGGAGAAACUUGUUAUUGUGACAAUAUAUAUUUUUAUCAUUAGUUGUUUGGAAGAACUGCACUCCCUUAAACAAAAAUGUUUCAAAUUCCAGUAGAAUUAGGCCUCAAGGACCAAUCUCAGAUGGGUUUAAAACACCUUGCCAUCAUACUAAAUACUUUUAAAACUGAUAAAUAGUACUGUUUAUUUGCCCUUGUUAAACAUAGUAGUUUUGAUGUAAAAAUGUACAGGUCUACAGGGAUUAAAAAAAGAGUCAUUUGCACACUCCCGGCACACACACAGCAUGAUAAAUGUAGAACUCACAAAACAGUUUUGCAAUGUAAUUAAGGACAACAAAUUGCUGGCCAAGCCAUUUUCACCAUGUUGACCUAAAUCAAACAGUUUGCCUCUUAAUCACUAAAGUGUCAGAAAAAAAAAACAUACCUCUUCCUGCAGUCGUUUUCCCCCAAUUAAUUAAUCUCACCUUUGCAAGACACUAUCCAUAAUAAUGAACACAGAACUUUCAAUGAAUCUCAUUUACGCUGUCAAAGCGAAGACCACUUCAACUGCACAAUUUGAUUAAAUGAAGAUGAUAAGGCACAACACGUUCAGAACUCUCAGUAAUUUAAUUUAGUGUUUUUAACGUGUUAAUGUUGAAAUUGAUUAUAACCCCCCAAAUCAGCAUCCUAUGUCAAAGAAUUAUUGUAGUACGAUUACAAACAUGUUUAUUGUAAUAUACUGUACACCCAUUUAUUUGGGCUGCAUUCAUUUGAGCUAAUUUUGGAAUAUCCAUUUAAUAGCUAUGUGAUAAUUGUCUGGUAAUUAUGCAAGGUACUGUAUUCAAUGCAACAGUUUUAUGUUUGCCCUUCAUCUACAUUUGUAUAAAAAAAAUAAGCUGGGGAUAUAAAGGAGUUUACAGUACGCUAUAUUGAAGUAACAUUUUUACUUGGAAGAAUAUACAGUAUAUACCACACAAACACAUGCACACGCACACGCGCACGCAUGCACGCACGCAUGCACGCGCACACACAGAGACACAUACACAUUUUUUUAUGUGAUCUUGGGAUACAACGUGCAAUGCUGUGUGGUCCAGUGGUUAAAGAAAAGGGCAUGUAACCAGACUGUCCCCAGUUCAAAUCACAGCUCAGCCACUGACUCAUUGUGUGACCCUGAGCAAGUCACUUAACCUCCUUGUGCUCCGUCUUUGGGGUGAGAUGUAAUUGUAAGUGACUCUGCAGCUGAUGCAUAGUUCACAUACCUUAGUCUCUAUAAGUUGCAUUGGAUAAAGGCUUCUGCUAAAUAAACAAAUAAUAAUGACACAGAUUGUUGGAGGAAUCUAAUCAUCUGAUAUUCAUUGAGAACAGCUAAGGUGAUUGUAUUAAUGUGUAUAAUAAGUUAAGGCUGGUUACCCUUGAUUGACAAUAUCCUAAGUUAAAAUGAUCAGUUUAGUUUGCAGAUUUUUUAAUAUUAUUAUUAUUGUUUAACUUACACUGCAGUGUGCAGAAGUGUAAAUGAUAUUCAAUGUAAAUACAUCAUGUAAGAAAACAAGAUGUAUUCUGGUCUUUUUAACUGGACACAUCACAUGAACUAUUCUAGUGACUGGAAAUGUGAUGAUUUAAAACUAGGCCUUUACUUUGCUAUGCAUUCAGCCUUCCUAUACUUUAGGAUAAGAGCAGUGCCUGCUGCUAGACCGUAUUUCUGUUAUUUGAAACUGUGAUGGUAUUUCAUUCCAAAGGCUUUUGCACUAUUUAAGAUUACAUGAAGAAUGGAAAAGAUGUGACUAAAUUAUUGUAAUCUAAUGACCUAUAGCUUUAGAAUGUCCAAGCAGCAUUUACUGAUUUAGAAAGUUCGAUGUCAUGUUCCGUUCCUUGUCAUGUUGUUUUUACCUUUCAGUACUUUAUUGUAUAUUAUGUCUGUAAUACGGAGUUGUAAUGAAAUAUUGUACUUUUCAAAAACACCUCAUCUGUGUUGUCCCCAGUGUGAAAAGAAAAGCUCAAAAAGAGGAUUCAGUCAUGUCUGUUAUGGAAGUGGAUAAUGGCAUCACAUCAGUGACUUACAGAUGUUUUUAAUUAGCUUCAGUUUUCUGUAAAGUUGACCCCAUUGUGCAAGACAAUGUACAACCUCCUGUAUUUAACCCUUGCAUUCCAGUUUGAGAAUAUGUGCUCAAUAAAAAAGUUAAAAACAUAGUAUCACUUUUAAAAUAAAUGUUAAUGGUAUAUAUAGAUCGAACCUUGACAGGGUUGGAAACCGCAUGUAUCUUACAGCACUCCAAACUUUUUUUUUUUUUUUUUUAAUAUGUAAGUAAAUACCAAUAAAUAAACAGUACAUCUAAUCCUAAUAUAACAUAGGGCAGCAGUGUGGAGUAGUGGUUAGGGCUCUGGACUCUUGACAGGAUGGUCGUGGGUUCAAUCCCAGGUUGGGGACACUGCUGCUGUAACCUUGAGCAAGAUUGCUCCAGUAAAAACCCAGUUGUGUAAAUGGGUGAUUGUAAGUAAAUAAAUUGUAUUGCUGUAUAUUCGUUCAUUUUACUUUUGAAAUGCUGGAGUGUAAGUGUUACUAUAGAUAUAAAAAUGGGAUGUAUACACCUACAGUGUGGACCUGAAAUACUCUGAAGCACUGCAGUUAAUAAAUACAUUUGAUAGCAAAAGCAGAUUAUUGCUUUAAGAAUAAAAACACACGUGACUGGAUUAUACCAUGUAAUCUUUAUUGUUUAAAUGCUCUGAUAAAUGUAAAAGUAUAUAUUUUUUUUAUUAUAUUAAAGGGUGGAAUCUGUAAUUGCUGCUUCAGUUAUAUAUCUUAUUUCAUGUUUGUGUCAAAAGAGUGCUGUUAUACUGUGAACUCUCUUUAUCACUAAAAGAAAAAGGUAUUACAAUAUAUUUUGCUAUGUUACAUAUCAUUGUUUUGAUUUUUCUUGUAAUGUUUAUUGUAUGAGAUGUUUGUGCAAAUUGUAUUUUAAGUAAAGUAUUUUGUAUGUAUUUAUUUAUUUCAUUUUUUGUUGUUGUUGUACCAGUUCAGUCCAAUAUAUGAUUGAUGUUUAUAUUUUUAUGGUCACCUAAAUGUUAACUGGAAACUGUCAGGCUUAUUAAGAUUUAUUCCAACUUCAUCUUUGAAAGAUUAAAGCUAUGGGAAGUUGUGUUCUAGCAAAACAAAUAAACAAAUGCAGAACAAAACAAAAAUCUGUGCAAGUCUGGAUUGUUAGAGUAUGCAAUUUUCCCAUCACAUCUUUUCAUCACAUAGCCUUUUCUAAUGGUAUGUGUACCAAAUACAAUAUGAGCAGAGGACAUUAUUUUAUCAUUAUUAUUAUUUGUUUAUUUAGCAGACGCCUUUAUCCAAGGCGACUUACAGAGACUAGGGUGUGUGAACUAUGCAUCAGCUGCAGAGUUACUUACAAUUAAGUCUCACCCGAAAGGCAGAGCACAAGGAGGUUAAGUAACUUGCUCAGGGUCACACAAUGAGAAUUAUAGUUCUGAAUCAAGUAAUUUAUAUAUAAAAAUGAAUUUAUAGAGUUUCCCUGUCUGACUACUGCUACUGUAGUCAUGAUAUGGGUAGUUGGUAAAUGAUCUUGCCAGCAAAGCUGUGCUGAGCCUUAUACAAGAUUACCAUUGCUAUACUUUACUCAUCUGUUUUACCAUGCUUUCCUGUGCUUUGUAUGUUCACUGUGCUUUUAUUAUGUUUUACUGCACUACUAUGCUUUUGCCAUGUGAUAUUCAAAUACAAUUUUGAAAUGCAUGUGAAUUCUGAAUAAACAACCACUCUAGUGCUGUGUGUUGAUCUCUUCAGAGAGAGAGAGAGAGAGAGAGAAAUGCACAGUUUUGUGUAAAGGUGUGAAGUCCUGGUAGUUCAGAAAGCUCUGUACCCAGGAGGACAUGGUUACAGUAUCACUUUUGUACAGGAUGCCACCCUGCCUAAUUCUGGCUGCAGAAAAGAGGAAUCAACCAUACCAACUAAAACUUCAAGACUAAAAAGGAAAAAGGAUCUGGCUUGCUACAAAAUAAGUUGCAACAUCAUCCAUGUACACUGGAUAAAAAACUAUAUAUAUAUAUACUUAUAUAUAUAGUGUGGAGUAGUGGUUAGGGCUCUGGACUCUUGACCGGAGGGCCAUUGGUUCAAUCCCAGGUGGGGGACGCUGCUGCUGUACCCUUGAGCAAGGUACUUUGCCUAGAUUACUCCAGUAAAAAUCUGUAUAAAUGGGUAAUUUUAUGUCAAAAUAAUGUGAUAUCUGUAUA